AGGAGGCAAGCGCGCGGUGCACGCCGGGAAUGCCGACGCCCAAGAUGGCGGCAGGAUUGAAAAGUUGUUGCCGCGGCGGCGGCGCCUCUUUCUCGGGCUGAGGUGCCUGCUCUUCCGGGGGCGGUCAUGGCGGCGCAGUGAAGGGGCGGCGGGGUGGGGACCCGGGCGGGGAAAUGCCGCCGGGCCCCGCCUGAGACAUGGAGGAGGAAGGCAAGAGGGGCAAGAAGCCUGGAAUAGUGUCCCCUUUCAAGCGUGUCUUCCUGAAAGGUGAAAAGGGCCGGGAUAAGAAAGCCCAGGAGAAGGUGACAGAGAGGCGGCCUCUGCACACCGUGUCGCUCUCCUUGCCAGACCAAGUUGAGCCGGACGUGCUUCUGAAUGACUACAUUGAAAAGGAAGUUAAGUAUUUAGGCCAAUUAACCUCUGUCCCAGGGUACCUGAAUCCCUCCAGCCGUACGGAAAUACUGCAUUUAAUAGACAAUGCAAAGAGGGCCCAUCAACUUCCAGGACAGCUGACCCCAGAACAUGAUGCUGUGAUCAGCCUCUCUGCCUACAACGUCAAGCUGGUGCGGCGAGAUGGUGAAGAUAUCAUACUCAGGGUCCCCAUCCAUGACAUUGCAUCAGUCUCGUACAUCCGCGAUGACUCCUCGCACUUGGUGGUGUUGAAAACAGCUCAGGACCCCGGGAUUUCUCCUAGCCAAAGUCUGUGUGCUGAAAGCUCUAAAGCUCUUACAUCAGGGUCGCUCUCGGAAAGCGGAGUAGUUCCUGUCGAAGCUUGCUGUCUGGUGAUUCUGGCUACAGAGAAUAAAGUAACUGCAGAGGAACUCUGCUGCCUUCUCAGCCAAGUCUUCCACAUUGUUUACACGGAGUCCACCAUAGACUUCCUCGACAGAGCAAUAUUUGAUGGAGCCGCCACGCCAACCCGACAUCUCUCCCUGCACAGUGAUGAUUCUUCUACAAAAGUGGACAUUAAAGAUUCCUACGAAACUGAAGCAAGCACUUUAUCUUUCCCAGAGUCCCUGGAGGCCGGUGGCAACUCCCCCACUUGCUUCUUGGCACAGCCAUCUCCAGACGCCAAGGCGGCCAGUGAAAGUGAGCUGAGCACCACAGCCACGGAGCUGCUCCAGGACUACAUGAUGACGCUACGGACAAAGCUCUCCUCUCACGAGAUCCAGCAGUUUGCAAUGCUCUUGCAUGAAUAUCGCAAUGGGGCAUCCAUCCAUGAGUUCUGCGUCAACCUGCGCCACCUGUAUGGGGAUAGCCGGAAAUUCCUUCUACUAGGCCUUAGACCCUUCAUUCCUGAGAAGGACAGCCAAUACUUUGAGAACUUCCUAGAAACCAUUGGGGUGAAGGAUGGCCGAGGGAUCAUCACUGACAGCUUUGGGAGAUACCGGCGGACAGCAAGCACCACCUCCACUUCCACGACCAAUGGCAAUGGAGCGGCGGGGAGCUCAGACGACCAGUCCGGGCCCUCGGAGGGAGACGAAUGGGACCGGAUGAUCUCGGACAUCAGCAACGACAUCGAAGCUCUUGGCUGUAGCAUGGACCACGAUUCUUCCUGAAGGGGCCGCAGCAGGAGAGAGAAGAGGCAGCUUUGUUCCAGGGGAAGCUGAAAGGGCAAAUUCUUGGAAGACCCCUCUUGCUCCAACCUCCCUCAGUGACUCUGUUUGGUACCCAUAGCCGGUGGCUCUUAGCCAGUGGUCUCGUCUGUGAAGGAGUGAGAGCAAGCGAGCCACGGGAUCGGAACUGGGCUAGGCUGGGACGAGAGAGCUCAGCGGGACUGGCUGCCUGGCCAUCUUGCUGGGCCUGGAGCCGAGGGCAGGCGCGCGGGUCUUGCUGAGGACUGCCAGCCCCACCAGGACCCUGCACACCGGUUUACAGUUUUGCACAUGGCAUUUCUACUUUGUGUGUGCGUGCGUGCGUGUGUUGGUUUUUAAAAUAAUGUUUACCACAAUGUGAAUAAUGUAAAAUUCCAGGCGUUUGUCAUGACAUUUCUGUUUCAAACCCGAAGGUGGCCUUGGUUGUGAAGCAGAGGCUGUGAACAAGGCCUCCGUGGGAGAUGCUCUUCCCUGGUCCCAACUCUGGCCAAUUCUUACCUGUAAAAAAAAAAAAAAAAGCAGCCAGGAUGUUGAGCCAAUCCGGUGACCUUGGCUGACCAUUCUGUAGCAGCCUGGCUGAAAGGCAGAUGCCUCUGCUUUGGUGCUUGCUGCUGGGUUUGGUGGGCAAACGCGACUUGAAGGUGAGGCUGCAGGUGAGAAGCCCUGGCAGUCUUUCCGAGGCAACCCAGCUGACCUCUAGCAAAGCCAUCGUUCAGGUAGUCGGCUAGUGUCUGAGCAAGCAGUCCUCGACAGGCCAGGCCCUGGCGGUUCCCAGGCACAGCUCGUGGGCAAUGGCCUUGCCUUCCUUUCCCCUCUCCCCUUGGUGUGGAGUGAUGCUUCCAACAGAGUUCAGUGGUGCUACCGUCCUUCCUUAGGGCGUUGAGUAUCUUGUCCUGAAGGUUGCUUGGGGACCUGAAUUAGUGGGAGGGUUCUCUGGGCCUGGAGUAGUCAGCGGCCCGGAUUCCUGAGCUGGACAGCAGUUGUCCAGCCGCGGCCUGGAGGACUUGAGCUGCUUCCCUUUUGAGGUGGCAGUGACCAGGGCACCGGAGGCUGUGCAGAGUCCUCAUCCGGAUUGAAUCGUUGCUCUUCAAGUAGUGAAGGUGACCCCUGGUUAAAGUGUGGGUUGGAGUUGGUGGUUUUUUAAAAGAACAAGGAGUGGAAGAAAUAGAUAAUGUGUCUGCCUUGUAUAUAUUAUACAUAUAAAUUCACAGUUAUUUUUGUAUGUGUAUUUCAUGCCACGAGAUCUCUGCUGGCUACUAUAAACUGACCUGUAUCUCCUUUUCGCCCUUUGAGUGGAAGAGUGGAGGGUUUUUAAAAUAAGAGCAAUGACCAUUGACAGUGGCAUUUCUGCUUGGGCAGUGCAAGCCGGAAUCUGGCAAGUGGCAGGGAUGAGCAGCCAGAGCUGUGUGCUUGGCCUGGGAAGCUCCCCGGAUGUCGGCUGGGCUGUUGUCAGGGCAGAGAGCCGCUCUCCUUGUUCUCACUGGGCCCGUGAGGGGCUGCAGCGCCAUUGCACUGUGUGGCAGGCCUUGUUGGGGGGAGACUGGUAAGCCUGGCUGCAGAGAGAGAGAGAGAGAGUGUGUGUGAGAGAGAGACAGAGACAGCGAGAGAGAGCUGUGUGCCUCAGCUAGAGUGUUCCACUCUUGCCUUGGUGGUGGGGCUUGCGGUGGAGCAUGGUGAAAACCAUCGUCAGCUGCUUCAAGAGCCUCCUGCUGGGAGUGCCUCAUGUUAAGUUUGGCUUAGAGCAACAUAUUUUGUGUGGGUUUUGGUUUGUCCAGGCUAAGCAACUGGGGAAUCUUGGAGAAACGGCCGGGGUGUAAGGAAUAUUCCAUCUUUCUCCCCGAUGGUUGGUUUGCUUGCACAGGGCAUUUCUACACUACAAACUCCAUGUUUGGUUUUAUAUUGGUUUAUUUGUCAUGGCUACCCCUCCUGAGGGAAUCUGGAUAUUGCUGUCUGUGGGGACUGAGGCCUGUUUGAGAUCCCCAGCGGCCCCUUCUCUUCCUCCUCACCCUUCCAGAUUUGCAGUAUAGAUGCUAGAGAGAGGGUUGACUAAGCCCAUUUAAGUCGGCGGCGUAGUGAUGCCUUCAGUCUUAUGGAUGGGGAGAGAAGGCUGCAGCAGAGAAAGAGAUGCUCGGAUCUGCAGUCGAAGAGAGAGAACAGCCUUGUAACACAGGUGAGGAUGAAGCAGUUGUAGGGUGGAUGUUGGGGAGACCUUUUGAGCUCUGAGGGACAAGAAAGAAAGAGGCCUUGGAAAGAGGAUGACAGGUGCAUCUCUGUAGGGGUGGGGUGGGGAUUCUGAGUCUAGGACAUCUUCCACUACAGACGGUGGAGUCAUGAGCAGCCCUUCUUGGUGGCCUCCAGUUUCCAGAUUGCGGCCUGGUCUGGCAAAUCCAGCCUUCUUUUUCUGCUUAAACUUGGCUCACCUCGACCAUUGUGUCCUGACUCAUGGCAAGCUACUUGACUGCACUUGCUUUUGUAAACCAAACUCUAUGUUUGUGGUACUUGUGUGCCUGUCUAUUAAGAACAAGAGAAAGAGGAUGAGUUGCAUGAACUGCUUCCCACAACUUGAACCUUGCAGCCAUUAAAAGACCCUUAACUUCAGAGGGCUUGGUCUAAAGUGAGCUUUGUUUGUGUGAAGGGUGCUUAGGAGAUAGAAAAUGGGGGCAUUUGGCUGAAAGUCCAAUGCUGACAUUUCCAGACAGUCCUGUCUGUCUUGGCAUUUCUGGACUCCAAGGCCCACCUCUUAGCUGAAUUCCCAUAUGGCAGGUGUGCCCCACUGUUUUUUAUUUAGUUCCACAUUCAUGCAGAUUUUUCUGUGGCAGGAUUCCUCUUCUAAACCAGGCAUUAACUUAAUAGCCGGGGUCCUGAGAGUGAUGGACCCAGUGGGAAAAGGAACUUUCUGAGCCCAAGCACUUAAAGCUGGUGGUCCAAGCAUCUGUGUGGCGUAGUUGUGCCGUAGAAUGCAGCAUCUAAACUUCCAUACAGCUGAGCUUUUAUUCUCUAAGCAGCUGGGAGGAGAGAGAAGAACCUGCAACUAUGGGGAUGGGGAGGGACAUGGGGGGAAGUGAGAGAGAGCAGUAUCUGGGUGAUCACUCACGGGAGCUGUAGGUGGCAGCAUUUCACCCGGAAUAGCUUUUUGUCCUGCGUGUGCAAACUAAUUGCCACUUCUGUGGUUCUUCACAAGUCCCCCAGCAGGUCCUGAGCCCCAAGGGGGGAAAUGAGCUCCCCAGAUGCAGGAGCAGCUGGUCUUAAUGAGCCAGCCAGGGUGGGUGGGGGGACAGGACACAGCACAGCUGCCUUCCCUUCCCAGAGGUCCAUUUGCUCCCACCCUGCCCAGCUCCAAUGUUAGAGCCAUGCUACCUGCAGGCUUGGCCAUUCGUCAGACACAGUUGUGCAGUUAAUUGUGUGGCUCUCCCUGACGAAUGGCCAACUUGUUAGGGAUGUGCACAAGCCAGUUUGGUGCCUCCUCUGGGAAGCGCUGAACCAGCUUGACAGGGCAGGGAGCAGUUCCCUUAAAAAGCAGGUAAGGUUGUGGGGAUGCGUACAAGCUAUUCAUGCACAUGCGUGCGCACACAGCGCCACCGCCGCCACCCCGGGCUCAUUAGAACCAGCCACUCUUGACCAAAUGCUCUCCAUGCUCUGUGCUACCUCAGCAGGCAGAGUUCUUGAUCAUCCUUUACAGAAGGCGUGAUUUGAAUAUCCCCCCAUACCCCUUUAAAAUAUUUACAGAGAAUGAAACUUCAGCUUUUGAAGAGCCCACUGCAAUUCAUCGGCGGUAGUCAGAACGGAGUUGGUGGGAGAUGGGGGAGCGACCUCCUUCCAGCAAAACCGCUCUCAACCCACUGUCCCUGCCCCCAGGAAGGUCACAGGGGGUUCUAGGAGGCCAGAGUUCAGACUCCAGUAGAGCUGUGGACUUGGGCAGUGGUGGGCCGAGCACUUGCCUUCCGGUUCUCCCUCUGUCAGUCAAGGGUGAGGGUGAAGAUGAACACAAGCUGGUAGAUUGCCUUGUCAGUGGGAACUUCUGCAUGGAGGCAUCUUUCUGCUUGGGGGCAGAGAGACAGACCUGCGCAAGACCGUCUAGGCUUCAUGGCACACUAAGGAUUUGGGCCAAGCCCUGGAUCCUGGCCUCUUCUGAACCGUUUAACGGCUGAUCCGCACACGUGUCUCUCUGCUAGCUCCUUGCCUGCUAAUUGUGCAGAGUGGCCUCCUGUAAAAUGUCUGGUUUGAAACCAACGGGGGCUCUCUGGAAGCUCCUGAGUGGUGUUAAUCGCGCAGUGACCUGCCUCUCUCUCCGGGCUGGGCCCGCAGUUGGCCUGGAAGUCUGCCAAUUCCUGAUGCAGGUUGGGCUGGGUUUGCAGAAUUCCAGUUGCUGCCUUGAGGCCUCCAGGUAGAAUGUUUGCAUUUUUAUUUCUGUUUCUCAGAUGUAGGAAGCGCUGAGACUCGGUCUGUCUCCUACCUUGUCCAGCUCUUCUGCUCUGGGUUCCCAGCUGCCUUCAGUUGGCUGGCACUUGCCGUGGCCUUCUGUGCUCUGGGCCUGGGUGCUUUGCAGCCGUCCUCCAGGGCAAAAUUGCCCUGGAGUUCAUCUGUGUGGAGGAGAACCCAAGUCGUUUGGCUCCUGAAUCUGAUGAAUUCCUUUCCCUCCUGCAAACUUUGUUCUUGAAACAAAAAAGCACACCAGAUUGGGGGUCCCCUUUAUUCUUUUUAUUUUUUUGCGGGCAUGUUCAGUCGCGAGGACUUCUGUGCCAGUGUGAAGGGGGGAUUUAUAGAGCCGCUUGUACUUCUUGUUGCCUGAAUUAUCCUCUGGAGAAGUGUGUGGAGAGCGCAAUUGGCAUCUCUAACCACAAGCACUUGUAUGUGUGUUCUGGUUGUCAGGAUGAUGAUGUCUGGAUGGUGGGUUGACGUGGUGGUGGUGGUGGUUGCUGGCUGGAUGCUGAGGCCUAAAAGCUCCAGCCACCAGGCUUCAUUAGAACAGUGUGCCUGCGCCGGGCCCAGCCUAGCCUAAGCUGAGCAUGCCUUGGUCCUUCAUUUUUCUGUUGGAUCACACCCAGAGUAUUGUAAGUAAAUAAGGCAUGUCGGGAGCUGCAGAAGUAUGGAGAAUCCCUCCCGGGGCACCAGCUGCAAUGCACACACCCAUUUCCACCCCAGCACUGAGCCCCUCUGUUCCUGUGUGCCUCUUUGAAUAGCUUCCAUACAGUUCCCCCGGAACUGGUAUACUGCAAAAUCAUUCUUCACAAACGGGUGUGUAGACCCAGGACCUUCAAGAUGGAGUUAUUUCCUAGUGCCUUUUUGUAUGCUCUACACACACACACACACACACACACACACACGGUUUUUUGUGUGGAAAUAAAACCAUAUUUUUGAAAUGAUUGUAUAAUGAAAUGUAAACAGGAGGGCAUCAAUCAGCUGUGGUAUUUUUGUAUAGCUGGUUCCUUGGGGGUGGCUCUUUUCUUUGGGAACUGACGAAGUGCCGUUUUCUGUGUCCUGAACGUUUUUGUGUCCUUGCCUCUUGCUUCUGGGUAGAGGCUCGAGCUGGCGGGGCGCGGGGAGGAGGGCCCCAGCGGGGGCACAGCUCCUCAGGUGGCACCUGUCUCUCCCACUGGCCAUUUGUCGAGGGCCUCCUUUGGUGCCCCCCUCCCCGCACCUUGUUAGGACGAGCGGCUACUGGUCCUCCUAAAGCACACCCCAACCUCAGUACGUGGAAGGAAGACCACUCGAGAGAGUGCAUAAAAGACUGGCUUUCGCCCCCGCAUGUCAAGGACUCCUGUGUGUGUGUGUGGCCAGUCUUGACUGUUCAUUGGUGUCUUCCAUUUCCUCAUUCCUUUAGCGAUGUAAACUGCUGUGACCUCUUAUGUGGGAAAGAAUGCCUAUUAAUAUCUUCAGGUGUCCAAGGCUCACAGGGUAAGACUUCUGCUGGCUCUUCCUUGUAGCCUACCGUACUAUUCACCCAUCCCCAGCUUUGAGUAAACGGAAUGACAUCUCUGUGCAUUACUUGAUUGGAGCCAUGGGCCCUGCCCUCCUUCCUGUAUCGUCUCUUUCUCUCAUACCAAAUGAACCAGAGACACCAAAACAGUCCUGCCCUGUCUUGGCCGUUCUUGGCCAUCCUCUUACUUGGCUUUUGAAGUUGUCUACCAAAGAUUCUGUUGUCGUUGGCCAGUCUUUCAAGAGCGGGGCUGGGCUGGGCUCAGGCUGUUCUGCUGCAAUGUGGCCCUUGCUGUAAUCUAUGAGCAUGACUUAGACUGGAUUUCCAGAGGACAGGGGGAUGUUUUGUAUAUGAAGUAUUUGUUACAAACAAAUAACUGCACCAGAAA